GCUAUCGAGCAUUGUUUUAGCAUUUCGUCAUAUUGCAGUAUAUUAAUCCAAAAAACAACUAAUUAGAGCAAAUAGGUACAGCAAAGUGAUGGGAGAUUAAUUUUUUUCCCUGCGAUUUCUUUCGAUGAUGGACAGCAAUCCAACGGAGCGUGGGGCCAAGCCAAAAACAAAUAGACAAAAUCAGCAAAAACAUCGAGUGGUGCGCAAGAAUCCGCCUCGUGCUGCCACGGACACCCGCAAUAUUUACAUUACCAGCAAAACAGACUUUAAGGCACAACAGAAGCGAUGUGAGGAUCUGAUAAACUCGGGCGCUAAAGAAAUCUAUCUGCAUUGUAUGGGAUACUCCAUCACACGUGGUCUUAACUUGGCAUUGCGAUUAAUAGAAAACUCUAGCGGGGCGCUCAGCUACGCCAUAAACACAUCCACCAUUAAGUUGGUGGAUGAGCUGCAUCCACUUUGUGAUGAGGACGAUAUAACCUUUAGACAGCGCAACAAUUCAGCGUUGCAUAUUAAAAUCUACAACAACAGUCUGUUUGAUAUCGUUAUACCAGAAUUGCCGGCACAGCCUCCAUUGCCCACACCCAACUAUAGCGCCAGGGCACAGCGCACGCCACAAGAACAACAUUCGCAGAAGACAAAGAAACAAAAGUAAAGUAAAGUCAUGUUCAA